CGGCUAUUUAAAAAAAAAUAUAGACAUUUCCUAAUUUUAUUUAUUAUUUUCUCUUCUUCUCCAAAAAUAAUAAUAAUACUCCUUUGGUGCAGAACAUGUCUUCUAAUUCUUCAGUGAAACACUAUAAAGCUUUAGGUGAAGAAAUCUGGAAGUCUAAAGUAGAUAAAAUUAAUGCAGAAUUAUUUACUUUAACUUAUGGCUCUAUGGUCAUUCAACUUGUAAAAGAUUUUGAAGAUUACAGUGAAGUCAAUAAACAACUUGAAAAGAUGGGAUAUAAUAUUGGGCAACGAAUGAUUGAAGAUUUUUUAGCGAGAUCUGGAAUUGGUCGUUGUUCUGAAUUUAGAGAUACAGCAGAAGCAGUGUCUAAGGUUGGCUUCAAAAUGUUUCUUAAUAUUGCACCUACAGUGACUAAUUGGUCAAGCGAUAACAAAGAAUUCUCACUUAUUUUCGAGGAAAAUCCUUUGACUGAUUUUGUUGAAUUACCUGAUGAAGCAUUAGAAGGCGGAUUAUGGUACUCAAAUGUUUAUUGUGGUGUUUUACGUGGUGCACUUGAAAUGGUACAAAUGCAAGUUGAGGCAUAUUUUGUUAGUGAUACGCUUCGUGGUGAUGAUGUUACUGAAAUGCGUAUAAAGUUAGUUCGUUACUUGGAAGAAGAAAUCCCUGUUGGUGAAGAUUAAAAAAAAAAAAAGAUACCUAUUCAAUUUUUAAUUUCAUGUCAUAAAGAUUGAAUAUAAGUUUGAAUGUCUCAAUGAAGUUUUGUGCUUUAAUUAAACCAAAAUUAUUCGUAAUUUCUUUUUAUUAUUAUUAUAAAGUCAAAUAGAGUGUACAAAGAUGGUAUGCAUUUAUAAAUAUAUUCAUAUAAUUAUUGAGUCUUGUUUCCACGAAAACGCAUUCGAGGAUCAAUCAUGCCACGUUUACAUUCUGCAAAGCUCUUCUUAAUACUAUGACAUUCGCUAGGUACCUCAUCUUUAUGUUCUGGUUUAAAACAUUCUUUAACUGUGUUUCUCUUUUUUAAUACACAGUCAGAUUUUAACAUGCAUUCGAUAAGCUCUUGUCUAAUUUCUUUACAAGAUGAUGGCAUAAUGCAAGUUCAUUUAAAAAAAAAA